AUGCGUAUCAUUCAAUUUGUGUCAAUCCUGACAAUUGGGGUCAUUGGCGUGGUCUCUGAUGUCUCCAGACCCUUACAAUUUGCCACGAUGUUCGCUCGUAUCUCUGACGAGCUUGAUCAUAUGAGCCUAGGCAACUGCAAUCUAUCAGCUGCAGCUCUUCCGGUGAAUAAUACAAAAGUCAAACUCCCUACUCCAUCGUCUAGUUUAAACCUCAAGUACGUCGCAUUGGGUCGAGGAACCCAAAACUAUUCUUGUUCAACCUCCAACUCCUCCGCAAAACCUGUAGCUGUCGGUGCUGCAGCUGCACUCUUUGAUGCUUCCUGCCUUGCAUCGGCCUCAAUGACCCUGCUCCACGAAGUACCUGCUGUCAUUAGACGUACUUCACUCGGAUCUCUUGCUUUUAUGGCGGAAAUGCUGAGCCUUACUACGAAUAAGACAGAUCUUAUAAUAGGAGAACACUAUUUUGAUGCCAGCGGAGAUCCCUACUUUGAUUUGCGACUUGGUGGAGCCAACGCAUGGAUGGUGGCUACGAAGAAGGCAUCUGUUGAUGCCCCCAUAAAAGACGCCAAUUCAUGUAGCAACGUGUCAAGUGAAGAUGUUGCUUGGCUGGAGCUGGAGCGCAAGACAGGCAAUGGUGUUGAGAGGGUCUACCGAGUGAUGACAUCUGGAGGAUCCCCUCCACUGACCUGUGCUGGUCAGAACAAAUCCGUCUUGAUUAAAUAUGCGGCCGAAUAUUGGUUUUAUGGAUAA